AUGACCUCCCCAACAACCCCCACCUACGUCCUCGGCGUAGGCAUGACCGAGUUCCUCAAGCCCCGUCGCACGCGCGAAUACCCCGAGCUAGGCUACGAAGCCGGCGUUAAAGCCAUGUUAGACGCCCAGAUCACCUACGACGACGUCCAAACCGGCGUCGCCUGCUACUGCUACGGCGACUCGUGUCUCGGCCAGCGGAUCUUCUACCAGUUCGGGCUCACCUCCAUCCCCAUUUUCAACACCAACAACGCCUGCGCCACCGGCUCGACCGGCCUGUACCUGGCCCGCACCAUGAUCCAGCGCGGCGCCGCAGACUGCAUCCUCGUCGUGGGCUUCGAGCAGAUGCGCCCCGGCGCCAUCAAGAGCGUGUGGGACGACCGGCCCAGCUCGGUCGGCCCGUCGACGGCCCUGAUGGAGGAGACCUUCGGCAAGCAUCCCAGCCCGCGCAAUGCGCAGUAUUUCGGCAACGCCGGACGCGAGUACGGCGCCAAAGCGGAGGACUUUGCCGAGAUCGCGCGCGUGUCCCACGAGCACUCCCAGCGCAACCCGUACUCGCAGUUCCGCACCGCAUACACCCUCGACGAAGUCCUCAACUCAACCACCAUCUACGCGCCCCUCACCAAGCUGCAGUGCAGCCCGACCAGCGACGGCGCUGCGGCCGCCGUGCUCGUGUCGGAGCGGUUCCUCGCCGCGCGCCCGCACCUGCGCUCGCAGGCAGUCCUGAUCGCCGGCCAGUCGCUGCAGACCGACACGCCGGCGGUGUACUCGCGCAGCGCGAUCGACCUGAUCGGGUUCGACAUGACGAAGCGGGCGGCGGCGGCGGCGCUGGGCGAAGCCGGCGUCACGGCGCAGGACAUCAGGGUGUGCGAGCUGCACGACUGCUUCUCGGCGAACGAGCUGAUCCUCCUCGACGGGCUCGGGUUCUCGGAGCCCGGCAAGGCGCACGAGAUGGUGCGCCGCGGCGACAUCACCUACGGCGGCAAGGUGGUGGUCAACCCGUCUGGCGGGCUGAUCUCGAAGGGCCAUCCACUGGGUGCGACGGGCGUGGCGCAGUGCGCGGAGCUAACCUGGCAGCUGCGCGGGUGGGCGAAUAACCGGCUCGUCGAGGGGGUGGAUGUUGCGCUGCAGCAUAACCUGGGGCUUGGGGGUGCGGUGGUGGUCACGGUGUAUAAGCGGGCGGAUGGGGGGAAGAAUGCGCCGGUGUCGGACGAGGAGAUUAGUCGGGCGUGUCGCUUGGGGUAUAACCCGGCUGUUGAGGCGCGGUAUGUGACGCCGCAGCAGGGCGAGAGUGUGCGCAGCAAGACUCGGCGGCAUGACCAUGUUCUGAAGGAUACGGUGGCCAAGUUGUCUGCUCGAAUUUAG